UAUUUGGAACUGCUCUCGCGGCAGUUCAGACCUCGUGCUCGUCCCCCUCGCCAGUCUGUGUGUGGUAUCCGCAGGUCCCGGGCACUUUUUUGGGUGUGUGUGCGUGUGCGUGUGUGUGUGCGUGUGUGUGUGUUUGGGGGGUUUGUCGGGGCGCGGAGAGAAGAGCCAGGCCGAGGGGAAGGAAGGAAGCCGCAGACCUCUCCGGUCUCGGGCUGCGCUCUCCUGCCUGUGCGCUCCGAGGCGGUGGUGGAGGAGCCGAGCGCUCCUCGCUGGGGACGCGGCGCUCGAGCUGGGAGCAGCGAGGAUCCCUUUGCGGAGGCUUCCUGGGCCCGCUGGAGUUAGGAUGCCAGGGCGGCUGAUUUGCACCUACUGAGCCUGGAGUUUCCUCCUUGGCCCUGGGAAGGGCUUGCAGCGGCGGCGGCGGCGGUGGCGGCAGUAGCAGACGGAACAGCAGGCUCUCCUCUCCGAGGGGGGGCGUCUAAGCGCCCGCGCCGGGCUCCCGCCCUCACCCUCCGGCGCUCCUGCGGCCCCCAGCCGCCACCUCGGUGUUAGCCUCCUUCCUCUUCUCCCCGAGCGCCGCCUCUGGGAUCGGACCCGCGCGCCCCGGAUGCUGGGGCUGCCUCGGCGCGCCCCCCUCGCGGCGCGACUCGCCGAGUGAUCCGGAGGGGGCCCGCAGUCGCCCCAGGAGGAGACCCCGGCCUCGGGACCCCGCGCCGGCGCCACCGGGGAGACGACGAUGUCCGCGCUGUCCCCGGCCCUGACGCGCUCCACGCAGCGGGCGGAAGGCGGCCGGCCGCAGACCGCCGAGCCCUAGGCGCACAAAGCCCGCGUCCGCCGCCCGGCCUCGGCGCCCGCCGACGACUUUGCCGCCUGCUCCGCAGCUCUUUGUCUCCACUUGGGGCGGGCGCCCGACUCUGGGAUUUCGCUGCGAGAGCGGGCUGGGGGGGCCGGGGGCGAGCUCUCGGUUUCCCGGCCGCCCCCCGCUCGGGCUUGGCUCCCCCCUCUCCCGCACCUCCCCGGCCGGAGCUCUCGGCGCUUCCAAGCUCUCGGAAUCACGACCCCUCCCUGCCAUGUAUCCGCAAGGCAGACAUCCGGCUCCCCAUCAACCCGGGCAGCCGGGAUUUAAAUUCACGGUGGCUGAGUCUUGUGACAGGAUCAAAGACGAAUUCCAGUUCCUGCAAGCUCAAUAUCACAGCCUCAAAGUGGAGUACGACAAGCUGGCGAACGAGAAGACGGAGAUGCAGCGCCAUUACGUGAUGUACUACGAGAUGUCCUAUGGCUUGAACAUCGAGAUGCACAAGCAGACGGAGAUCGCGAAGAGGUUGAACACGAUUUUAGCACAGAUCAUGCCUUUUCUGUCUCAAGAGCACCAGCAGCAGGUGGCCCAGGCCGUCGAACGUGCCAAGCAGGUCACCAUGACGGAGCUGAACGCCAUCAUCGGGGUACGUGGACUCCCCAAUCUGCCUCUCACCCAACAGCAGCUCCAGGCCCAGCAUCUUUCCCACGCCACGCACGGCCCCCCGGUCCAGCUGCCGCCCCACCCAUCAGGCCUCCAGCCUCCAGGGAUCCCCCCGGUGACGGGGAGCAGCUCCGGGCUGCUGGCGCUCGGUGCCCUGGGCGGCCAGGCCCACCUGACGGUGAAGGACGAGAAGAACCACCAUGAGCUGGACCAUAGAGAAAGAGAAUCAAGCGCGAACAACUCGGUGUCGCCCUCGGAGAGCCUCCGGGCCAGUGAGAAGCACCGGGGCUCCGCAGAUUACGGCAUGGAAACCAAGAAGCGGAAAGCGGAGGAGAAGGACAGUCUGAGCCGAUACGACAGUGACGGGGACAAGAGUGACGAUCUGGUGGUGGAUGUUUCCAACGAGGACCCGGCGACGCCCCGGGUCAGCCCGGCGCACUCCCCUCCUGAGAAUGGGCUGGACAAGGCCCGAGGCCUGAAGAAGGACGCCCCUACCAGCCCCGCCUCCGUGGCCUCAUCCAGCAGCACCCCUUCCUCCAAGACCAAAGACCUUGGUCACAAUGACAAAUCGUCCACCCCUGGGCUCAAGUCCAACACACCUACUCCCAGGAACGACGCCCCGACGCCAGGCACCAGCACGACCCCGGGGCUCCGGUCGAUGCCGGGCAAGCCUCCAGGCAUGGACCCGAUAGGUAUAAUGGCCUCGGCCCUGCGCACCCCCAUCUCCAUCACCAGCUCCUACGCGGCGCCCUUUGCCAUGAUGAGCCACCACGAGAUGAAUGGCUCGCUCACCAGCCCCAGCGCCUACGCCGGCCUCCACAACAUUCCGCCCCAGAUGAGCGCGGCAGCUGCCGCCGCCGCCGCCGCCUAUGGCCGAUCGCCAAUGGUGAGCUUUGGAGCUGUUGGCUUUGACCCUCACCCUCCCAUGCGGGCCACAGGCCUGCCCUCAAGCCUCGCCUCCAUUCCUGGCGGAAAACCAGCCUACUCGUUUCACGUGAGCGCUGAUGGGCAGAUGCAGCCAGUGCCCUUCCCCCACGACGCCCUGGCGGGCCCCGGCAUCCCCCGGCACGCCCGGCAGAUCAACACGCUGAGCCACGGGGAGGUGGUGUGUGCCGUGACCAUAAGCAACCCCACGCGGCACGUCUACACGGGCGGCAAGGGCUGCGUGAAGAUCUGGGACAUCAGCCAACCGGGCAGCAAGAGCCCCAUCUCCCAGCUGGACUGCCUGAACAGGGACAACUACAUCCGCUCCUGCAAGCUGCUCCCUGAUGGGCGCACACUCAUUGUGGGCGGGGAGGCCAGCACGCUCACCAUCUGGGACCUGGCCUCACCUACGCCCCGCAUCAAGGCCGAGCUGACCUCCUCGGCGCCUGCCUGCUACGCCCUGGCCAUCAGCCCUGACGCCAAAGUCUGCUUCUCCUGCUGCAGCGACGGGAACAUUGCCGUGUGGGACCUCCACAACCAGACCCUGGUCAGGCAGUUCCAGGGCCACACGGACGGGGCCAGCUGCAUAGACAUCUCCCACGAUGGCACCAAGCUGUGGACCGGAGGCCUGGACAACACCGUGCGCUCCUGGGACCUGCGGGAGGGCCGCCAGCUGCAGCAGCACGACUUCACCUCCCAGAUCUUCUCCCUGGGCUACUGCCCCACCGGAGAGUGGCUGGCUGUGGGCAUGGAGAGUAGCAACGUGGAGGUGCUGCAUCACACCAAGCCCGACAAGUACCAGCUGCACCUGCACGAGAGCUGUGUGCUGUCCCUCAAGUUCGCCUACUGUGGCAAGUGGUUCGUGAGCACGGGGAAGGACAACCUCCUUAAUGCUUGGCGGACCCCGUACGGAGCUAGCAUAUUCCAGUCCAAGGAAUCCUCGUCUGUCCUGAGUUGUGACAUUUCGGCGGAUGACAAAUAUAUUGUAACGGGCUCUGGUGACAAGAAGGCUACGGUUUAUGAGGUCAUCUACUAAACAAGGCCUCUAACAGGGCUGUCAGACUCCGGGAGAGACAGACACGGCGGUGACAGGGCGACCCCACCAGGGGCCCCCGAGGCUGGCGGCGGCUGGCGGCGGCUGGCGGCGGGCGGCCGAGCGGUUCAGGGCUGCGCUCCGGCGGGCCGAGAGGGCGCGCCCGCCACGGCCAGGGCUCCCGGGCACGGACUCGCGUGUCUCACGGACUCCGACGGACGUCCCUCCUCCUCCCGCUCUGCGACCCUGGCAGACGCUACAAGUAGAUUGAUUGGAGGCUCGGGGGGGCCCCAGCCCACCCUGCCCCGCAGACACCCUCGUGAAUCUCCAUCUCUCCUUCCCCUUUCUUUUGCUCUGUCCCCCCUGCCCUGGGUCGGGGACACCGGAGUGGACCACGUGUUUAUGCUGGGGGAGGGGGGAAUCUCAUUUUCCCGAUUGUGCAGCGCACAACCUUUGUGAAAAAUGUAAAUAACAGACUCCUCUAUCUCGGACUGGUCAGUGCGGGAGGAGGGCCCUUCCCACCGAAAACGCUAGCCGUGUACUUCGCCUGCUGUAUUUGUAACCCACUCGUGGUGGUGGCUUUUUUUUUUUUUUUUUUUUAAGGGACAUCCACAUUUGGGAAGGGGAGGCCGGGAGGGGGAGCCAAAUGGAGAAGGAGUGGAGGAGGUGGAGGAAGGGAGGUGCAGCCAGCGACCAGACUGACCGGAAGGGGCCCCCCCGGGACGAGCACCCCUCCCCGUGGACUUGGGAGUUGCCCGAGGCCAGCAGGACCCACCACGGGCGGCCAGCCUGGGCCGACAAAGGUCGGAUUCCCUGUGGCCUCCCGCCCUUGCCUCCCUCUCUCUCAGGGGUCCGACUCUCACUCUGUCUUUCCCUCUCGCCUCGCUCUCUCUCUCUCUCUCUUUGGUGCACACUUGGUUAUGGCGAGGAGAAGUGGAGGUUCAAAAGGAACCCCACCUCUGGCCCUUCUUCAUCUUUGGACACAACCUACAACGGACAAAAAAGUUAGCGGAAAGCAUUUGGCGACUCAGCUCAGGGAGCUACCGGAGAAAAUAGCAACUGAUGUGGGUGCUUUUUUUUUAUUUGAAUAAAAAGAAUUAGAAUUAAUG